UCUCUAUUUGUAACGAUCACGUCGGGGUCACCAAUGAGGGAGUGCAUAUAGAGUCCCUUCUUUAUUUCGCCGUAAAGUCGUGUUUUAUGUAAUUAACACCACAGUUGAAACAAUAUAAAUUUUAUUGUUGUAGCGGCAUAAACAAUUCUAAGUAAUUAUAAUAAAUUACACACAUAUACACAUUAAAAAUUUUUUUUUACGUUUUAAUUAUUUGGCGGUAAAAAGGUCUCGUGGCACAGACUUUAUUCCGUUUCUCACAUCGCGUGCGUUCCGGCUUACGCAUCAUAAAAAGGUGCGUACUUAAACGCCACAAGUCUAUGUGUUGUCAAAUCUGAAUCUCAAAUUGUGUCAAAGGAAAUCUCGUACUUUGUAGUGCUUCGUACUCAUCUAAUGUGUUUACAAAUUUCUUUCAAUACUUGAUGAAUCCAGUCAGAGAAGGGUUGGAACUAGAAGGUGCCCCGACUCCAGAGACAGAACUGAACCCUGAGCUGAACAUGGACAAUAUUUCAAAAAAAUCCCACAGCCAGUCACCAAACAAGAGAGUUAAAUUUGGUUACAUCAAAUAUGUCAGUUUAAUUGUGUUGACUGUUCAAAACGCAGCACUUGGACUUAGCAUGCGGCAUGCUAAAACAAGAGACGUAGAAGAGAAAUUUUCGUCAGCUGCUGCUGUGGUAAUGGCAGAAAUAGUAAAACUAGUCAUUUGCAUAUGUCUCGUAAUGCAUGAGUCUGGAGGAGUUAAAACAGGCGUCCAAUCUAUGUAUUCUACAGUUGUUUUAAAUAUUAAGGAUACAGUGCGUGUUUGUGUACCGUCAUUUUUAUACAUACUACAAAAUAACUUGCUUUACGUAUCUGCGGCUAAUUUAGAUGCGGCCACAUAUCAGGUAACAUAUCAAUUAAAGUUAUUGACAACAGCAUUUUUUGCUGUUAUUGUUUUAAAAAGGCAACUUAAGAAAUGGCAAUGGGGUGCCUUGGGUUUAUUAGCUGCUGGAGUUGCUGUCGUUCAGUUAUCUUCUACUGAUGCUAAAUCAUCGAAUUCUGGAGACAAGUUAAAGCAAUCCAAAUUAAUUGGAUUCAGUGCUGCUUUGGCAGCAUGUUUCAUAUCGGGAUUUGCUGGAAUUUACUUCGAAAAAGUUUUAAAGGAGUCGGAUAUUUCGGUAUGGAUGAGGAAUGUUCAACUCAGUUUAUUGUCACUACCGUUUGGAACUGGAACAUAUCUAAUACAAGAAGGAACUUUAAAUAAUAUGUUUAAAGGAUUUGACGGCUUCAUAUGGUAUUUGGUGAUCCUGCAAGCAGCGGGAGGUCUUAUUGUAGCUGUUGUAGUAAAAUAUGCCGAUAACAUACUAAAAGGUUUUGCGACGUCUGUUGCGAUCAUCAUUUCAUGUGUAGUCUCAAUGUAUCUUUUCAGUUUUGUUUUAACUGUUCAAUUUGCAUUUGGCACAGCCAUGGUUAUUGGUUCUAUAUUUCUUUAUGGUUAUGUUCCAAAAAAGCCCGUUCGUAGGACAUCGUUGAGUGUAUGAUAAAUACACGAAGAGCUCCAGUAAUAAACAGGGUCAGGUAUAUUAUGGUUUUGCUUGUAAAUAGUGCAAAUGUUUAGAAAUAGGGAAUAGGUACGCAUACAAUUUUUUUUAUUUACUGUUGUUUGUACAAAUGAGCAAUUGAAGUACAUAAACAAAGUGAAGUAAUUAUAAAAUUUAAAAUCCUACUUAACUUUGUGUUUAUUAUAGCUCAUUCUUCAGUUUACAGUUCCGACAUACCGCUACAAAAAAAUAUCAAUAGUUACUAAGAUAUGUACCCAGUUAAUUACGUCCAUGCACGUCGACUGCUGGAUAUAAGCUUCCCCAAGGUUCGCCACAAUAAUCGAUCUUGCCCAACCUGCAUCCUACGGAUUCCUGCGACUUUUAAUAUAUCGUCAGUCCACCUCAUAGGAGGCCUACUCACACCGCGCUUUCUGGAGAACUUCUCGGCCCUAGCAACCAUCUGUUCUACAAGCCUGCCCACUGCCACUUCAAUCUUGCAAUUCUUCGGGCUGUCAGUUACCUUGAUUCUUCUGCGAAUCUCCUCAAUUCUGAUUCGAUUUCGCAGGCUAUCGUAUGUCAUAACUGGCAACAUACACUGGUAGACUUUUAUCUUGAGACAGUGGGGUAUUUGAGACGAACAGAUUUAGCGCAGCUUUCCGAACGCUGCCAAUUCUAGUUGGAUUCGACGAUUGAUGUUUUUCUCGAAGUCGGAAAAGCAAUACAUUGGCGUUCGACGUCCGAUCGUUUUGUCCAUAUUCAUACUAAGGCUCACUUAGUAUAAACAUGGACAUAAGAUGUUAGAUGUUGUUCGCAAUUGUUGUUUACGGAACAGUUGUGGGUUUAUUUCAACACCAAAUUCACAUGUGAAUAAUGCUCGGGAGCAUUGAAACAAAACCGCCCUGUAAGGGCUGUUUCCACGAGUAUAAUACAUGUUUGUAAAUAGUAAUUAACCAAAUGUAAUUUGGUUAAGCAAUUGGGGAAUUGAAUUCAGUUCAGUUUCCAGACAACGCACACACGUGAUUUUCACUAUCCUGUUGCUAGUCCUACAGUUACAAAUAUAGAUGCAGUUUUUAUACUGGAGAAUUUAAAUGUCCAUAUACCAGUGUGCCCCCCCCCCCCCAUGGAUGUUUGAUGUAUGACACUAGACUAUAAUUCCUGGAACGGUGUAUUUUUUUUACUUUUGUAUCGUCAAUAUUUAGUGACGUAAGCGAUAGGUGACAUAUUACGUUUAAGUGAUUGAUUUAUGUAUUACGUUUACUACCCGACGUGGUCGUAUACCUUUAUUAUAUGAAUAAUGCUUUAUUCGUACAUUUAGUAUUAAAACAAGCUUUAUAUUAUUAUUUUAAUUUGAGAAUAUGCCCUGAGAGGAGCAGCAAAAAGAUAUGUUAUUGGUUUGUGUUUGAUGGCGUUUCGCGCCAGUAUACAUAGAUACUAAGAUUUCGACAUUCGGGGCAUACGCUCUGACUUUUUUAUUUUUUAUUGGUUCUAAUGUAUUUUAUGCAUUGAGAUAUACUAUUCGCUCGACUUACGAAAUAAUGUCGAAGCUUAUAUCACCUAAAGUUAAGAAAAAAGACACAAACACACACAGAGAUCUGACCUCAUUCUUUGUUUCGUUCCAAGUUUUUUAAGCGCUUGCGUCUCUUUUGUUUAUGAAGCAUUCGUUUAACGCUUUAUUAAAAAAUCAACGAGUUUUUAUUAUCAACGUAUUUUCAUGAAAUUAAAUUAUAUUAUUAUUAGCGACCCGCCCUCGCUUCGCUUCGGAAACUGUAAUUUAUUACUGAUUUCUCCACUAUUUAAUGGAUGUUAUUAUACAUAUAAACCUUCCUCUUCAAUCACUUUAUCUUUUAAAAAAAACCGCAUCAAAAUCCGUUGCGUAGUUUUAAAGAUUUAAGCAUACAUAGGAACCGACAGAUAUAGGGACAGAGAAAGCGACUUUGUUUUAUACUAUGUAGUGAUGAUAAUUAUUUUCAAGAAACUAAUGUUUUGGAAUCAGUUAUUCUAGAUUCUAUACCUACUAGAAGUUUGAGGUAAUUAAUAAAAAAAUAAUCUCAAUACGUUCCAACCGGUUCUAAGGGGCAACUAAUUUGAACAAUAAUGCUGUCCAAAACAAUUGUUCAAGUUAUUUAAAUAAAUAAUCAACAUUUAUUAUCAUUCAAUCACCUAUACAUAUAUUAUAUAUUUACGUAGUAUUAUAGUAUAGUAACAUUAAUAUAAAAAUAUGAAUAAAGUUCAUACACGGUGAUGGAUCUUAAUAAAUUAGUAACUAUUAUAAGUACUGUUACUCAUAAGUAUAUGUAAGUAUAAGAGACUGUUGAUCCGAUGCCGAAAUGGGAAGAAACUACUACGAGCUAAUUUUAGAGGAAAACAUGAUAAAUUUGUUGUAUUAAGUAGUUUCGGUACUUGUUAUGUACCAAUAUAAUUUGAAGGGCUAUAAGCCAUAAAUUCCUUGAUUACCUACAUUAUUUAAAUACAAAAAAACGGAAGUGUAAGUGAGUCGUCUAUUAUCAAAGGUGGCAAUCUGUGCAUUUGGACAAAAAAAUGUUAUUGAUAUGUCGAUACAGAUUGAUUUGAAUAUAAUCGUCUCCUUCAAAGAAUACGGUUCAAAACCUGCAUUAAAUAAAGGUUAAUACUUAACCUGUUAUUUAUCUAAGAUGUCGUUCAGAAGAGUUUUGUGACUGCCAAUGGAAUACAAAGUCAAUAAUUCGUUUUUCUGAUUUACCAAUAAUUGUCCAAAAGUCACAUUGCCGGCUUUGAUAAUAGUCGACUCAAGUAUACCUGAUACUUUACAACUUAUAUCACAAGGUGGGUGGCACAUUUACGUAGAUGUCUAUGGGCUCCAGUAACCACUUAAUACCAGGUGGGCUGUGAGCUCGUCCACCCAUCUAAGCAAUAAAAAAAGUUAAAAAAACUCAGUUUACAUUUUUCUACUGACAUGUCAAAUAUAAUCUAUCUGCGUUACUACCUGUAUUCGAUUUCAGGAACAGUGAACUCACCCUGUAAGCAUAGUUUUGUACUUAAUUUUUGAUUCAAUAAAAUUUAAUCUUACUUGAAUUUAAUCUAGAAAGUUCAUCACAUCUACGGAGCUUUUCUUUUUUUGUUGCGUGACACGCACUUUUUUUUAUAGAGAAAGAGAACACACUUUUUUGCACACCAAAACACAACAUUAGAAAACCCUCCACAAGCAGAUACAUUUGUACAAUAGGUGGUCUUAUCGUUAAAAGCGAUUUCUUUUAACAGAAAUUCUGGACAAGAUACUAUCCCAAAGUAGUUAAAACUUUGAAAUAUCAAGGUGGGCGUCGAGCCUAUAUUAAAUACCAUUAUCUACUGAUAAGAGAAUUAUAGAGCUCUUUGAUGUGAUGAACUUCGUAGGUUUCUUUAUAGUACUUAUAUCGUAGCAAACCUAUUUUAAAUAUUAUUUUACAUUAAAAAACAAUACAAUUGAAA